CUUACUUACCCACGGAACACCGCCUCGCCCAUGCCCACGGGGGAUGUGGCCUCGACGAGGACACCCUCUAUCAAACAUGUUUGUUUCACUGUGCCUCCCUCUCUCUCAGGUACUACAUGCCUCUUUCAUCAUCACUCCACCCGCCAUCCUGUCAACCUCCUCUUUGGCCCCAAAACUAUGGUUCAUGCCUGUUUCUCGCCCACGUCGGCCUCGGGUCAACCAGGGUGUUCUCGGGGGGCACUGAAGCAGAGCCCCGGCGGGCCCUCCUGGCCCUCCUGGUCCUGGCCCGAUGCGCUCCCUGCGCUCCCUGCGCUCCCUGGCCUUGUGGCUCCUGUGGCCUAUCAUGAGUCACGCCGGGGGUGCGCUGCCCUCCAUCUGAUGCCUGUCUUGGCCGUGGCGGCAGCCUGGCGAUUUGGUCCCCUCCCGCUCCACCUGUUUCCUGUUGGGGUUUAACGCGUCACCAGGCUUCCAACCAAAGUCCCUGCGAAAGGCCAUCCUUCGAUAUGCUCGACAUUGCACCAAUGUGUCCUCACCUCAAUUGGCUCACGCCCACCUCGAGGCUAUAUCUCCUCAUGCUUCCCACUCUUGGUCUCAUUGAAAUUCUCUCCUUCCAUCAACACAUUCCACAUUGACUCGACUUACUCAAACACCCAUCCAGUCUUCCACAGGCGCGUUGCCCUCUACCUCGUCGCAGUCGACCAGGCUGCCGGUACACCACACUUGCACCCACCCAUACGUCGUCACGCUGUCGUCUCCACGCUCAGUCACCUACUACUAUUACCCCAAGCGGUCCCAUGCUUCAGAUAUAUUAACUCCCGCCUACGAGUACAUCACCGUCACUCGUGCUCCGAAAAGGGCUCACACUCACAUCCAAACACCCCCGUCGACACCUCCAUUGAGUUUCUCUCCCACCCCGUCGCCCAUUCUUAAGUCACCCUCAACUCCGCUCGACAAGAUGGCGAGAGGAGCGAGCACCCGCAACGUCGGCUUUGCGACCGAGGUGGUCUCCUGUCGGGAGCCACGCGACGACGAGCUCUCCGUCAUGGAGCAUUUCGCCAGGCACUCGGCCCACUGUCAAUACUGUCGCGACCCCUACACCGCCUACCGAGAGGACAGACCCUUAUGCAGCAAGGGCCUGGCGUAUGCAAAGGAUGUCGCUAAAUAUCUUUACGCCAAAGGCGGAAAGCCCUUUUCCCUCAUCGAUAAAACCAAUGACCAACGGGUUCAAGUCCGUGUCCCCGCCGACUGUGAGGUCAUCAACCUUCUCAUCAAGGCCUUUGACAAGGGGAUGAAGCUGGACUCGACGAGGGUUGUCGUCGUCGAGAACACGAGGAGACACGACGCUGUUGAGAAGUCGUCUCCUCCUUCCUCGUCCACGAGACGGAGAGAGCACCCCGCCGAAGACCGACCGCGGGAAAGACGCUAUGUCCGCAACAGCUAUGUCUGUGACGACUACGAUGUGGUUGAGAUCAUCCCUCACUCCAGCCGGAGGGACAGACGGGAGAGGAUCGUCUACCAUGAUGACCGUGCCGCUGACCGAACUCGGUAUGAGCACCGAGAGAGGCCCCAGUCGGUCGCUUACACUGGAGGAAAGGGCAGCUUGUAUGUCCGAGAUGAAGAGGAGAGGAGACGGCGGGAACGGUAUGAGCGACAACCUGUUGUCAUUGUCGCUGCGCCUGGCCAGCGGUUUACCACCCGGCGGUGAAGGACUCGGGCGUUUUAGGGGAGUUCUGAAUUUACUGGAUAUGGGACUAUGGAUCUAAUGGAAUGUAUCAACAAUGACACCAACAUGAGGGCAUCGACCACAGCGAGGAUGACCCUGCAUCACGCGAGAUGGUUGGGCGGAAGGAAUCCAGAACACGCCGUGAGCGACAAGCACCACACAACUGGAUGGUCCAGCGAUGAACCGAUACGAAAGGGGAGCACGACUUGCAGCAGUCCAGCCGGGCUCAGGCUCGCCAGCACUGCCGUCAGCAGGAUUGGUAUGGCAACUGGGGUCAAGUUGGUUGUCAUGUUUUUGUCACCUUGAACAAAACGCCGCCGGGGUUUUUGCACUUUCAUGAUUGUCUCGUUACAUCAUUGCGGCAAGCAACUAUCAACAAUUCACAAAAAAAAAGGAGUGCGCAAUUGUUUUGGGUUGAGAUUACUCAUCUAUUGUGGCUGUCAUCUCACUCGAGGUGACCAAACUCUGAUGCCUCCAACAGUGAGGGGGCUGAAUUGUGGACAGAUGAUGCACAUGACACGAACAGGCAGCGGCAUUAUGGCAUUUGUCGACGAACGAUGCGACAAUUGCUGAGGGGCAAGGCUGACUUUUGGAGGGGGGCCUCAGGGGAGGGACUUUGGAACGGUAGAUAGUAUUCAAGUCAAGUCAAUGUUGUGAACAUGAAUAAUACCUUUCCCGCCUUGGUGGCGGCCAAUCCCCAAA